AUGACGUCUGCGUGCACUGACCUAGCAGAGUUGCCUGAGCUCCGUGAUGUCAUUCUCGCCGUGAGCGGCGCGUGCAGGAGGCACAAAGUCUCGCAGUUCCUGAUGUCUCAACUCCGCAUGAGCGGGCAGAUUUCCAUCCACGCAGGCAGCCAGCCUGUCCAGGCCGAGGCUCAGAACUUCUACCUUCAUGUUGGAGAUCACAAGGUGAGGAUGACGGAGGUGAAGACAGAGCUGGAGAAGGGCUUCGAUGUGUACAUUCCUGAGACCAGUGUUGAGGAAGUCUUGGAUGUGAUGGCGUCAGCGUGCACUGACCUGGCAGAGUUGCCUGAGCUCCGUGAUGCCCAGGCUCAGAAUUUCUACCUUCAUGUUGGAGAUCACAAGGUGAGGAUGACGGAGGUGAAGACAGAGCUGGAGAAGGGCUUCGAUGUGUACAUUCCUGAGACCAGUGUUGAGGAAGUCUUGGAUGUGAUGGCGUCAGCAUGCACUGACCUAGCAGAGUUGCCUGAGCUCCGUGAUGUCAUUCUCGCCGUUAGCGGCACGUGCAGGAGGCACAAAGCCUCGCAGUUCCUGAUGUCUCAACUCCGCAUGAGCGGGCAAAUUUCCAUCCACGCAGGCAGCCAGCCUGUCCAGGCCAAGGCUCAGAAUUUCUACCUCCAUGUUGGAGAUCACAAGGUGAGGAUGACGGAGGUGAAGACAGAGCUGGAGAAGGGCUUCGAUGUGUACAUUCCUGAGACCAGUGUUGAGGAAGUCUGGGAGGUGAUGGCGUCAGCGUGCACUGACCCAGCAGAGUUGCCUGAGCUCCGUGAUGUCAUUCUCGCCGUGAACGGGACGUGCAGGAGGCACAAAGCCUCGCAGUUCCUGAUGUCUCAACUCCGCAUGAGCGGGCAGAUUUCCAUCCACGCAGGCAGCCAGCCUGUCCAGGCCAAGGCUCAGAAUUUCUACUUUCAUGUUGGAGAUCACAAGGUGAGGAUGACGGAGGUGAAGACAGAGCUGGAGAAGGGCUUCGAUGUGUACAUUCCUGAGACCAGUGUUGAGGAAGUCUUGGAUGUGAUGGCGUCAGC